GAUAAACUUCCCCGCCACCCGCCUGGGCCAGAACCCCCGAGCAACUUCGUGACCUCAAACUUUGAUGGCUGACACCACAGUGUAGUGUCCCCAGAAUUACACCUUACGAAUUGCUUUUGCAUUGUUGACACCGUGACCAUCGCUCUCUCUCUCUCUCUCUCUUCUCCCUCUCUCUUCUCCCUCUCUCUUCUCCCUCUCUCUUCUCUCCCUCUGCCACACCGCUGGUCUUACUCGAGCAAUUAUCAUGCAACGUGCCAGUGCCAGUGCCAGUCCAAGUCGGUGUUCGUAACAAACAGCGCCAUGAAAGAGAAAUGAGGUCUCGUACGGGAUGGUAGGAAUUCCACUUUCCUGCGCCAUUCUCAGAGUUCCUCUUCUCUCCCAAGAGAAGCUUUCUUUGCAGAAACAAAUACUGACCCAUACAAUGCGAAUAGUAUCACUUGUCGCAGUCGGAAAUUGAAAUGCGACGAAUCGAAGCCCAUCUGCGGUCAAUGCAAGAAAGGAUCAAGAGAAUGUCAACCAAGUGAAGGAAUUGCCUUUCGACAUCAGCAGAAUGCCUCGAUGAAUGGAAAUGCCGGCGACGUGGAGGAUGGAAAUAACAAGCUGGGAGGAUUUUAUACUUAUCGAAACACAUUUGACGAUAACAGUGUCUGGGUUGAGAUUCCAAAGACCAUCGCUUUCCACAACAUCAUAGACCCCUUCAACAUGGAACCAACUCCCGAACCCGAAUAUCUCCCUGCGACCAUUUCCACACCUCCAAUUGUAAUGCAGAUGCAAGAACCUUCUCAGAAUUCAUAUUUUCCGGGCAAUUUCGAGGGAGCGUCAGGACUAGAAGCGCUUUCGGUGGCGGCUACAAGCAAUCUUCAAUACCUGAGACCACUUCCACCUCCUGAACAACAACCUUCGCCUCACGCAUCUAACAAUCUAAAUUUCAUACUAAACCCCACAGGUCCUGAUAGGUCCAGCAGUGUGGCAUCAUCCCAAAUCGACCCAAACUUGACCAAUUCCCACUCCAUUGCACCAAACGAGUCGACAGCAGUAGAUGAUCAUGAGGUAGCUUUUUUACUUCGCCAUUUUGGGGAGACUCCCGGACAAUGGAUGGAUUUGUUUGAUUUGGGAUGUUAUUUCUCCCACCAUGUUCCUGUCGAUGCCAUAUCCAAUCCCCUGGUUCGACACUCUGCAUGUGCCUAUGCUGCAAAACAACUUGGUCGCGUGCGUGGAAGAAAAGCCACUGUGGGAGGAAUUGCAGGAAGGCAGUCCGAUAUAGAACUAUAUCCCAAUCCUGAGUCGGUUAAUUGGUUUUACAUCGGGGCCAAGUACUAUGAUCUUGCUAUAUCUCGAUUGAUGGAAGAGCUACAGCACUCCGGGAGAAAGGAAACUCCAAUGACACCAACGACUGGAGAUGAGACUCUCAGUCCUCAUGGGAGGUCCUCCUCUGCACAAAGUCAUCGUACAUCAUCAGGAAAUAAGAGGCGUCGCAUCACGAGAGCAGUCUCUGCCUACAAUGCCGAUGAAACUCUUGCAGCCACAGCCAUUCUGUGCGUUUACGAAUUCUUGGAUAAUGCAAAUAGUGCUUGGGCUCGUCAUCUCAGUGGAACUAAAUCAUUGUUUGAUCUUGCCGAAAAGGAGGGUAUGAUGCCAGUUCAAUCACCCACGAGUCCAGGCGCGGUUUCUCAACAUAUCAAACCAUCAAGAGCCAGAAAAGCUACAUUCUGGAAUUUUGCUAGACAGGAUUUCUUGGCGGCUUUUAUCAAUGAAAGCCAAACAAGACUGAAUACUUACGAUCUUGGUCUAUGGCGAGCAGCAGGAUUACAUCUUGAUGAUGGUGGUUUCGUAAAGCCAAGUAACACGGAAGACUCGCAUUAUCCGGAGCGACAAAUAGCAAUGCGUGAAGACAUGAUAUCAAAUGCGCUGAUCUGGUUAAUGUCAAAAAUUGUCAAUUUUCUUGCUUCUGGUGAUUCAGUGGACCAUGUGUAUCCUCAGAAUCCCUCUAGUCCGACUGGCUUGAUUGGAAUUAAUCAAAUGGUUGUUCUGGAGAGAUGGAAGGGGUUGGAGAAAGAACUUGAAAUUUGGCAUCAGGGGUUGCCAGACACGUUCAAGCCUUGCGCUGUGUUGCCCAGGAUGACUAGAGGUGGAAGAGAUGAGCCUCGAACUAUCUUUGAGCAGAUUUGGUACAGUAUGCCAAUGUGUGCUUCUACAAUGCAAGCUUAUCACAUGGCGCGAAUAUUACUCCUCAUCAAUCGACCUCACGAGUCUACACAAAGGCGUUCUAAAGUCCAUAGUCGACUCAACUCUUACCGGUCGAUUGAGAGCGAAGUUCGAGAUCGAAGCCAGAAGAUUGUGGCUAUUGCUCUGGGAAGACCAGAUGGGGCUGUGAGAAUUCAUCAAGUUCAGGCUUUGUUUGUAGCGGGCCAGUGUUUGCUAGAAGAUUGUGAGCGGAGGGUGGUGCUGGAACUGCUGAGGGACAUUGAGAGAGAUUUGGGUUGGGCCACCGAUUAUCGUGUCCGGCAAUUGAUCAAAGAAUGGGGUUGGGAAGGUGCUGGUUGA